AUUGUUUUCCACUCCAACUUCCAUUAAAACAACACAAAAGGUAACAACUCCAACUACCAUUCUUCAGUUAAAAAAAAAAAAAUGGCUUCCACUCUCUCCUCCCUUCUCCUCCUCCUCUCCACCGUCACACUCCUCCACCAGCCACCGCUCUCCGCCGCCAACCUCCACCAAACCAAAUCCCUCUUCAGAUCACAACCCAUUUCCGAGCCCACCUCACUACUGAUCUCCUCCGCCGACGACGACGGCACUCCGCCCACCACUUUCUUCGAGGUCACAAAACCCAUCCCACUCCCCACCACCAAACCCUGCUCGCAUCUCCUCCUCCACCACGAUUUCGCCUUCACCUACGGCCAACCCCCAGUCCUCGCCGACUACAAACCCCCAUUCCACUGCCCAUCUCACAAAUUCUCCACAAUCGUCCUCGAGUGGACCGCCGCUUGCAAGGGGAGGCAAUUCGACAGGAUCUUCGGCGUCUGGCUCGGCGGCGUCGAGAUUCUCCGUAGCUGCACCGCCGAGCCCAGAGCCACCGGCAUUGUCUGGACCGUUAAGAAAGACAUCACCAGGUAUUCAUCUCUGCUCGCCACCAAUCAAACCCUCGCUGUAUAUCUAGGUAACGUUGUUGAUUCUACUUACACCGGCGUCUACCACGUGAAUCUCACCUUCCAUUUUUACCCUGCCGAAGAAGAGAUUGGGUUAGGGUUCGGAUCCGGAUCCGGGGCGGAUUUGAUACUGCCCAUUUCCAGAACUCCGCCGUUGAACGACGGGUAUUGGUUCGAGAUCGAGAAUUCGACCGAUGUAGAGUCGAAGGAGUUCGAGAUUCCACAAAAUACAUACAGGGCUGUGUUGGAGGUUUACGUUUCUUUCCACGAAAACGACGAAUUUUGGUUCGGUAAUUUUCCGAACGAGUACAUUGCUGCGAAUAACCUUACUGGGUACGCCGGAAACGGGCCCUUUCGAGAGGUUGUAGUUAGCUUGGAUGAUUUAGUGAUCGGUGCAGUUUGGCCGUUUACAGUGAUCUACACGGGGGGCGUAAACCCCCUGCUGUGGAGACCGAUUACCGGAAUCGGUUCGUUCGAUCUCCCUUCUUACGAUAUCGAAAUCACCCCAUUGUUGGGCGAAAUAUUGGAUGGGAAGAGCCAUAAGCUCUCGUUCGGCGUGACGAACGCGUUAAACGUUUGGUACCUCGACGCGAAUUUGCAUCUUUGGUUGGAUAAAAAGAGCGAGAAAACGCAAGGGAAGUUGUUGGAGUAUAUCCACUCCCCUAUUUCGUUGUACUCGAGAUUGUUCGUCACGAAUGUUACCCGCUCGAUUAUUUUGAGCGGGUUUGUCAAUUCAUCUCACGGAGUGGUGAAAACAAAAUCGAGGCAAGGGUUUGAAUACAGCAACACGAUGGUGUUGGGAAAUGACGGGAAUCUGCAGAUUUUAAAUCAGGUUAUAAAUUUCAACGGAAGUGUCGAUACGAAGAUGCCUUCAUCUUCGUCUUCCUCUUCUGUUCGCUCCGACAAAUCGAUCAAGAAGUUCAGUAUUUAUCUCCAUUCGGAUAAUAUCGAAAGGGGAAACGGGAGUUACGAUUCUGUGGCUAAUGUGACUUUGGGGAUCGAUGAGAAGAGAAGCAAGAUUUCCGAUUCUGGAAUAUUGUACACAACUAGGUUAAGGAAUCUGCAAAAUGCGGAGGGAUCUAUGCUCGUGAAAGGGAAUUUAGUGGUUAGUGGAUUGGGCAGCACUCGACAAGAAUACCGUUACACGGGCGACAAGUCGUGUUAUUUUAGAAACGUGAGCAGCUCUAAUUAUACGAUUCUUCACGAUGACGAGAGCAGUAUUUGCGGACACCGUGGAUUGUGGCCUUCUUUUCCUCGACGGAGCUAUUUGGGAUCGACGUUGAACGGUGAAAAUAAAAUGCUCAUUUGAUUCGUUUGUCGAUCGCAGCUCCAACAAUGUAUUUACAAGCAGAUCGAAUUGAACAAGGUAAUUGACAAGAGAGAGGCAUGUAAAUUUAUAUGCACCAAUAUUAAACAAGAGAAAAGUUUCUAUUUUAUUUUUUGUAUAAUAAUGCGUUUGGGUCGAUAA